CAAUUGAACAUUCAGUUUCGGUACAUCUAUUCUAAAUUACUAACAAUUUGUAGGAGAGUUAGUUACAAUGGCCGAUGUGCAUGAACUUAUAGUGACGUGCAUUAUAUUUCUUUACCAGAUUUUCCUGAUUUUUCGAUCCAUACAUCCAUUGAAGAAGGACGCCCUGCUGCUCAUCCUGCACAACUUUCUGCUGUACUAUGUGAUCAAUAUGUUCAAGCACCUAGCUCAGGCUUCUAUUAACUCCGAUGGACCGGUGAACACCUUCUACUAUGUACCUCUGGUAUAUGAAGAGAACGUGCCUUCGGGAUCCCAUCAGAGUUGGCACGAGGUCCUCAGGUCAUCCAGCUGGCAGUUCUUUGAGGUCCUUUUCAGGCAUCAUCUGGCCCUGCUGUUGCCGUUUAAUUUGGCUCUCCUGGUGCCCCGCUGCAAGUUGGCCUUCAUUAGCACUUUGGUGCUGGUGUCCAACUUCGUGAUGUUCGUCUGUUUCUCCUCGGCCAUUUGCCAGCUGGUCCUGGCCACCAGCCACGCCCACGGCCUGCGCCUCCUUGCGAUCCUGUGUGUGGGCCCCGUGUGCCAGGGGCUCCUGGUGUGCCGCCUCCUGGCCCGAAUAUGGGUGAGUCCCCGUGGCCAGGGAACCCUGGGAGUUGGCAGCCCUUUCUUUAACCUGGCUAUGUUCCUUUAGCUCAGCCAGUGGAUCCUUGUUUGAGGCAUGAAAUUUGAUUUGCCGGCACUGAUUGCUGGCCAAAACGCCACACCCACACCCACAGCCACAGCCCCAGAAGUUUAGCAGCAGCAAAUCAAAGCAAUAAACCAACU